UGUUGAUAUUUUUUGAGAAGGCAGCAAACAGAGUUUUUAUUAAUAAAAUAAACUGUUUUUGAAGUAUUUUAUAAAAGAAUCAUGCACGAUGUGACUUCCUUGGUCAUGAAAAUUGCAAAAAAAUUCCCCAAGUAUUCAACAGAAUUUAUUCUGUGGCAUCGCUUGUCGACUGGAGCAAGGUACCCAAAGUACCCACUUACUCGACCUAUGUGCCAGCAGUUGUCAAAGUGAAGCGAACGAAGCAGUUGUUUUUCAGUGAAUGCAGAGAAUAGAUACGGAAAAAAUCCACGCAAGUUUUUCAAGUGCUUCUACAAAAAGAUAAAAAUCAAAAUAAAAUCUAAAAAUGCAUUAAAUUAGUGAAAUUUGCUGCUUCCCAAAUGAAAUUUACACAAAUUCAAUGAAAUUGCAAUGAGUAUUAUGCGAAAAAUGUGAGAUAUUUAAUGGAAAAAUUCAAAGUGAAAAAAUUGUCUAAUUGGGAAGUCAGAUUACAGCAAAAAAAUGAAUACAUAUACCUAAGUCAAGUCAAAACACACACGCACACACAACCAAACGGAAAAUGGUACAUAAGGAGAGAGCCACACAAGUAAAUAAGUUUGCGGCAACUGAGCAUUCCGUGAGAGAGUGAGAGCGAAUGUCGAGUGUUUUUGUUUUGGUUAGCAAAAGCAAAUAAAUAAAACAACGCGAUUCUUUCGUUCGUUUGGUCGGUCGGUCGGUUCGAUUUGUGUGUUUGGUUAACAAGUGUUUACAUACAUACUACGUUGUUGUUAUUUACAUCUUUGACGUGUUGUUGGUUCUAAAACCGGCUGUUGUGUUAUUGGAAUUGUAUCGUUUGUUUUCGUUUUUGUUUGGUGUUUGUCGAUUUGGGGGCUAGGCUGGAUUUGUUGUUGUUGUCGGUUUUGACAAAAUGUCACAACAACACCAGCCGCGUAAACAUUAUCAUAUACAUGCCCCAUAUCCGCAUCAUCCUCCGCCAGUUCCGGCACAUCAUACACAUGCCCCCCAUCCAGGACCUCCUCCACCACCUUCUUCCAGUUCACAUCAUGUUGCUGCUCAGCAGCAGCAACAACAACACCAGCAAUGGUAUAACGCACAUGCAGCAGCGGGUAUUCCCCCACCGCAGGCACAGCCACCGCCGCCACAAUAUCACCAUGGUCUUCACAUAAGAGAUUCCCGCCAUCUGCAACAACAACACCAUCAUGCUCCGCAUCCCCACCACCCACAGCAACAUGGCCAUGCAAUGCCAGCCCCACCGCCCCCACCACCAACGCAUAUGUUUACAAGUGGUUAUGCUGGUGGUGGUGGCAUCCCAGUGGGAGUGGGUGGUGGUGCAGGUGGCACAAGUUCAACGCACAAUUCAGCAUCGGCCAUGCCGGCAACUGGCUCGUCGUCGUCGGCUUCGGCACCACAUUUCUCAACACUGGCUGGUGUUGGUGGCCCCCCGAAUGUCGUCGGCAGUGGAACUAGUGUUAUUACUGGCUCAGGAGGAGGUGGAGUUAUUGUUGGUUGUAGCCGAGUUUAUGACCUUGAAAUGGUAAAUACACAACAUGGUGGUGGGGCUGGUGCACCGUCUAUGUUGGCCAUUGGUGGUGCUAGAGGUGCAGCCUAUGAUGCCUAUUCUCAUAGUUCGUUAUAUACUCAGCCACCAACAUCAUCAAGUCAACGUCAUCAUCAUCAACAGCAACAACAACAGCAGCUGCAUCAUCAUCAUCAGCAACAACAACAGCAGCAGCAUCAUUAUCAGCAACAACAACAUCAGCAGCAUUACUAUCAUCAUCAGCGUCUUCAACAGCAGCAGCAUCAGCAACAACAACAACACUCACAACAUAUGCCUCCAAUGAUAACGAAUAUUAAAUCAGAGCCAGUGGAACAAUUAACGAUAACACCAUCCAUCCAAAUGGAGGAAAUUAUCAUAAAACCUGAACCUCUGGAUGAAAUGCCAUAUCACAAAAAUGCGCCACAAAUUGAAAACAAUGCCACAUUUACUAUGAAUGAAGAACGUAAACAACAUCAGCAGCAACAGCAACAACAACUACAUCAUCAACAACGUGUACAACAAGCAGUACAAGAGCAAAAACAUCAUCCACAUCUUCAUCAUCAGCUACAGCAUCAGCAGCAACAACAACAAGAACAACAGCAACGACAUCAUCACCAUCAACAACAACAACAACUUCAUCAUCAGCAGCAACAACAACAACAGCAGCAGCAGCAUCAACAGUCACAGGGCCAAUACCAGCCACAACAGCAUCAUCGUCAUCCACCUCAUCAUCAUCAACAGCUUUCCCAGCAGGUCCAACAUCAAAGGCCUCCUGUUUAUCAAAAUGAAAAUGUAUCACAGCAACAACGACAAGAACCUCAGACAUCACUGCAACAACAACAACAGCAACAGAAACCACCAACAUCAGCAGCAGUAACAGUAAACACAGAAAAUUCCAAAAUACCAGCUCCACCAACACCGGCAUCAGCAUCAACAUCAGCUGCAGCAGCAACAGCCGUCUCAAUGGCAGAGGAGAAGCCACUACCAAUAUCCUUGGCUAAUAUAAAAAGCGAACCCAAGCCUCUCAACUUUCCUCGCCGCAAAUUACAAACAGAACGUUCCUCUACCCUGCCCAUAUGUCAGCGAUGUAAACAGGUCUUUUUAAAGCGCCAAAACUAUGUGCAACAUGUUGCUCUAUCCACCUGCAGUAUUGUUGAAUAUGACUUCAAAUGUUCCAUUUGUCCAAUGUCCUUUAUGUCCAAUGAGGAGUUGCAAGCCCACGAGCAAUUACAUCGUUCGAAUCGUUAUUUCUGCCAAAAAUACUGUGGCAAAUACUAUGAGACCAUUGACGAAUGUGAGCAUCAUGAAUUUGGCCAACAUGAAUAUGACAUGUUUAAAUGUAAUAUAUGUUGUGUCUCAUUUACAAAACGUGAUCAAUUAUUUUCCCAUCUGGUCGAUCAUCGUCAACAGCCACGUUAUGAUUGUUGCAUAUGUCGUUUGUGUUUUCAAGAUUUACUGGAACUGGAAGAUCAUUAUGUGGGGAAUCCGGACUUUUGCGGAAAAUUUUAUGACAAAGAGGAGUUCAAAAAUCUUAAGUGCUUUGCAAAAACCAACAAACAUUCCGCAACGCAGCCAACUACAACGAAUCGCACAGAGAAUCUCACAAGCUUCCUAAUAAAAGAUAUAACCUCCAUGAAAACUACAGAUACAUCAAAACCACGUUUGUCUUCAAAACAUCAACACUUGACGUCAGCAUUACAUAGCGCCCACUCGUCUUCUUCGCCCACAACAAGUGCGGCAGCUGACAAUUACGAUGAUAUACCGGAUUUUGCGGCACCACAGGUCGAGAUUAAAACUGAAAUUAAAGUGGAACCUGAUUUUUAUCCACCCAUGGAUCAAUCCGAUUUUGGAUUCGACAAUGACUAUUCAUCAAAUUCUCAAGAGUUUACAACAAAUUCCAAUCAAAAUCUUACGUUUUUACAAGAUUAUCAUGAUAAUGCAUCGAGUUCCACGAACUCGUCGUUCUCAUUUAAUCUGCAACGUACGAACACGCCAACAAAGAAGAGUUCCAGAAACUCCGAAGCUAUACAGGAUGAAGAUGCCUACUGUUGUGUGCCGAAAUGUGGCGUGAGAAAAUUCACAUCACCCACCCUAAACUUCUUUCCAUUCCCACGAGAUGAAAAAUAUCUAAUGCAAUGGUUACAUAAUUUAAAAAUGUCCUAUGAUCCAAAUGUCAAUUAUGGUGUAUAUCGGGUGUGCAGCUUGCAUUUUCCCAAGCGUUGUAUCGCUCGCUAUUCGCUGAGUUAUUGGGCGGUGCCAACAUUUAAUUUGGGCCAUGAUGAUGUGGGUAAUUUAUAUCAAAAUCGCGAGAGUUCUGGGGGGUUUCCUUCGGGUGAAAUGGCUCGUUGUUAUAUGCCUGGUUGUCUAUCGCAGAGGGGUGAAACCAAUGUUAAGUUCCAUAGUUUCCCCAGAGAUUUAAAGACUCUAAUAAAAUGGUGUCAGAAUUCACGUCUGCCCAUACACAGCAAAGAGAAUCGUUUCUUUUGUUCGCGUCAUUUUGAGGAGAAAUGUUUUGGCAAAUUUCGCCUCAAGCCUUGGGCUAUACCCACACUGCGUUUGGGUACGGUAUAUGGCAAGAUACAUGACAAUCCGAAUAUUUAUCAAGAAGAAAAGAAAUGUUUUUUGCCAUUUUGUAGACGUAGUCGUUCCUAUGAUUGCAACCUAUCGCUGUAUAGGUUCCCUCGCGAUGAAACUCUACUGAGAAGAUGGUGUUAUAAUCUACGAUUAGAUCCCGAAAUGUAUCGGGGUAAAAAUCAUAAAAUUUGUUCAUCUCAUUUCGUCAAAGAGGCCUUAGGUUUAAGAAAACUGAAUCCGGGUGCAGUGCCUACCAUGAAUUUGGGACACAAUGAUACCUUUGAUAUUUAUGAAAAUGAAUUGUAUACACCGCCACCACCCUUACCAUCUUCAAAUUCGUCACAGGCUUCAACUUCCUCCAAGGCCAAGAAGUUUGCCGAGCUAUUGAAGCAACAACAAGAAAUGUCCGGAUCAUCAACGGCGCUAUACGAUGACGUCUUUUUGAAUUCAAUGGCAACAAAGAUCUCUAGUCUAGGUGGUGGUGCAGCACAAAGUAAUGCCUUAGAUUUAGGAGAUGUGUGCUUGGUGCCAACUUGCAAGCGUACCCGCCACACGGAUAAUAUAACCUUGCAUACCGUGCCCAAGAGACCGGAGCAAUUGAAGAAAUGGUGUCACAAUUUGAAAAUGGACUUGGAAAAGUUGCACAAAAGUGUACGUAUUUGUAGUGCCCAUUUCGAGAGCUAUUGCAUUGGUGGCUGCAUGAGGCCAUUUGCUGUACCCACCCUCGAACUGGGUCAUGAUGAUCCCAACAUAUAUCGUAAUCCCGAUGUCAUCAAAAAAUUAAAUAUACGCGAAACAUGUUGCGUGCCGACAUGCAAAAGGAAUCGUGAUCGCGAUCAUGCUAAUUUGCAUCGCUUCCCAACGCAUCCCGAGUUACUGCAGAAGUGGUGUGAGAAUUUACAGAAGCCCGUACCGGAUGGCACCAAGCUUUUCAACGACGCCGUGUGUGAGGUGCACUUUGAGGAUAGAUGUUUGCGCAAUAAACGUUUAGAAAAGUGGGCAAUACCCACCAUAAAUUUAGGCUAUGAUGAUAUAACCCAUCAAUUGCCGUCCGAGGAAGAGGUCGCCGAGCAUUGGACUAAACCGUUUGCACCCAACAAUGGUGAUGAACAGGGAGAAUGUUGUGUCUCAACGUGUCGCCGUAAUCCACAAAUCGACGACAUCAAACUGUAUCGGCCUCCCGAGGAUGCUGAGCAAUUAUUGAAAUGGGCCCACAAUCUGCAAGUUGAUGCUGGCCAACUGCCAUUAUUGAAAAUCUGUAACUUGCAUUUCGAAUCGCAUUGCAUUGGCAAGCGUUUGCUGAACUGGGCAAUGCCCACAUUGAAUUUGGCCUCUAAAGUGGAGCAUUUAUUCGAAAAUCCUCCGCCCACACAGGUCGUGUACAAAAAGAAGGAAAAAUCAGAGCGUAUUGGUGGUUCCAAACAUGAAUUGAUUAAAUGGUCGCCGCGUUGUUGCCUGCCCCAUUGUCGCAAAACACGCAUUCAUGAUAAUGUUCAACUAUUCCGUUUUCCAUACGCCAAUAGACAGACACUGGCCAAAUGGUGUCACAAUAUCCAACUGCCGUUGGUGGGAAGUUCUCAUCGACGCAUUUGUUCCACUCAUUUUGAGCCAUCGGUCCUAACCAAACGUUGUCCGAUGAACUUUGCUGUGCCCACACUUAAUCUCAACAACCAUCCGGGCUAUAAAAUCUAUCAAAACCCGGCUCGUUUGAAGCAGCCUCGAAUCGGGGGAACUCAGCGCCAGUGUGUUGUCGAGACAUGUCGCAAAACAAAAGUGGAUGGUGUGGUGCUCUUCCGUUUCCCCAACAGCCGUAUGUUAAUGCAGAAAUGGCGUCACAACAUCAAAAAUAUGCCCAAGGGUAAACUGACAACCCUUAUGAGGGUUUGUUCGGAUCAUUUUGAACCUCACUCGGUGGGUGGUAGGCGUAUAUCUCCCGGUGCUAUACCCACCUUGAAAUUGGGACAUGAUUCCGACGAUCUGUAUCCGAAUGAGAAACGUUCAUAUUUUGAAUUGGAAAAAUGCAUUGUCAAGGGCUGCGAUUCACGAAAGGGAGAGGAUAUGCGUUUAUAUCGUUUUCCACGUGACGAUGAAGAGCUCUUGGCUAAAUGGUGCCAUAAUUUGAAAAUGAAUCCCAUGGACUGUGUGGGUGUACGGAUCUGCCAUAAGCAUUUCGAGACUGAAUGCCAAGGACCAAAACUGCUGUAUAAGUGGGCCAUUCCCACGUUGGAGUUGGGUCACAACAAGGACGACGACGAAGAGGAACUGGAGAUUAUACAAAAUCCUCCACCUGAUCAACGCAGCGGGGAGUUUAUCUAUAAAUGCUGUGUUCCCAACUGCGGCAAGACUCGAAAAUAUGAUGAUGCCCAAAUGAACAGCUUCCCCAAACAUUUGAAACUUUUCCGCAAAUGGAAACACAACCUGAAGCUAGAUUUCCUUGACUUUAAGGAACGAGAAAAAUACAAAAUAUGCAACGAUCACUUUGAGCCGAUUUGUGUGGGUAAAACAAGAUUGAAUUUUGGUGCCAUACCCACCGUUAAUUUGGGUCAUGAUGAAACUGAGGAUUUGUACAAAAUCAAUCCCGAUCGCAUACGUCCAAAUUUGUUUAUCAAGAAGCGGGAUAUUGAACGUAUGGAACGUCAACAAUUGCGACUGGAAGAAAGGAGGGAGCGUCAACAGGAAAGAGAUGACAAUAUGGACAUGGACGAGGAAGAUGAGGCGGCAGGGGAUGAGCUGUUGGAUCCCCUGAGCACUCCGGCUGAAUGUUGUGUAGAAGAGUGUCAUGGACCAAAAAGUCUGAUGAGAGAGCCUUAUGAUUUGCCAGAAUCCGAGGAAUUGAGACAACUGUGGUGCCAACGAAUCAACGAAGGUCGUGAGGAAAAAUUACCAAUGGAAAGCAAGCUAUGUGGAUUACAUUUUCAGGAAAUAUUCCGCAAACUUAAAGAUAAAAUGGACUUGUUAAAAGAUCAAGAAAAGGAAGAUGUAAAAGCCGACUACGCAAAUCUUGUUAUGGCCUAUCAAAAAUCCGAAAUGUCUCUAUUGAUCAAUGGUUUCCAAUGUCGCGUUGAGGGCUGCAAUUCGAGCAUUUUGAAAUCAGAAUUGCGUCUGUUCUACUUUCCCUAUGGCAAGGAAAUUGCCAAGAAAUGGAGCCACAACACAGGCAUUAUACCCGAUGAGCAUCGUCGUUAUAUGAAUAAAGUUUGUUCGUUGCAUUUCGAAACCUACUGCAUAACAGAGACCCAACGUCUACGACCCUGGGCCAUACCGACAUUGCAAUUGAAAUCUUCAACGGAGAAAAUUUACAAAAAUCCGGAUCUAACUCGACUUGAUAGGCGCAUGAUUGGCCCCCAGAUAAUAAAAUGUGCUGUAGAGAAUUGUGAAAAUUCGCAGGAGAAAGACAUGAGUCGUGUGAAACUUUUCAACUUUCCCUCCGACGAUGAUAUGCUCAAGAAAUGGUGUGCAAAUUUGAAAAUGUCACGACACCUAACACCUCUCUAUAAGAUCUGUUCGAAGCAUUUUGAGAAGCAAUGUUUCGGCAGUUUGCGUAUACGAUCGUGGGCUGUGCCGACGCUUAAUCUGGGUCACAGUGAGACACCAGAGUUUUACAAUAGGACCACCAUCAAAAAGGAAGUUUAUGACGACGACGCAACCUCGGCGAGUAACGAAGCUGCAUUAAAACAAGUGAAGAUUAAAAAAUCAUUGGACAUUAUCAAAUGUUUUGUACCCACCUGCCGAAGAUCCCGGCUUAAACAUGGAGUACGUUUCUAUUCCUUGCCCAGCCAUGAGAAAAUGCGACGCAAGUGGUUGCAUAAUUUACAGGUACCCUCGAACAAGGCUGCAAAGUUACAAAAUCUAAAGGUAUGCAACCUGCACUUCCAUAAGCGUUGCUUGGAUGGCAAAACGUUGAAGCCCUGGGCCAUGCCCACAAAGCAUUUGGGUCAUGCCGAGCCUAUUUUCGAUAAUCCCAGACGUUUACAAAACCCCUUGAUGUUAAAGAAAUGCAUUUUGCCACAUUGUAAAAAUCACCAAGUGUCCCACGAUGAUACCAGAACAUUUGUAUUUCCCAAGGUGCCCGAGUAUUUAGAGAAGUGGGCGGAAAACUUAAAAUUGGAUGUUGGACAAUGCAAGGGUCGUUUGUGUUCGGAGCAUUUUGAGGAAGAAGUUAUUGGGGAAAAGAAAUUGAAAAAUGGAGCAGUACCAACAAUUAAUUUGGGUCAUGAUGAGAAUCCCCUACCUUAUGACAAUAAGGAGCUAUUGAAGAAAAUUCAAAUGAAGUCAAUGGCAACUGGAGAGGAUGGCAAGACAAAUGGAGAUGCUGAUGGUAUGCUUCAAGAUGGUGGAGGAAAUGAAAUGGAAUUGAUUGACGAAGAGGAGGAGGACGAAGACGAAGACGAGGAUGAAGUGGAAUUUGAAGAUGAUGAUUUUGAAUAUGGUUAUUUGGUGGAUAAUAAUGAUGAUGAUGAUGCGGACUAUGAAAUGGACGAAUAUGAUGAAAUGGAUGACAGUGAUUAUGAUGAUGAAGAGAAGGACAAAUCUGAAGAGAAGGAUGAAGAGAAUGAGGAGGAGGAGGAAGAGGAAGAAAUUGAUCUGUCGAAAAUUCGUCUACGUGGCACCUCACAGCCGUGGACUUCAUUGAAUUUGAAGGAGGUACGUGUUACUCUGGUACCUCUGACUCCAGAAGAUAUUUUAGAUAUGUCCUCCAGAUCCUCCUUCAGUAGAGAUCAACGCUCAAUAACACCGGCAAGUAGUUUCAGAGACUUGAGAGCAGAGACACCAGCCAGUUUUAAUGGAGCAGCUGGCAUGAAUUCUUCCGAAUAUAUAGAUGAAAACUCUUCCACAAGUACCACAAUCACCACAGCCACAUCAAAUAACAUAACAACUACUGCUCUUCGCACGGAUCGUAAAAUAAAUAAUAUUGCUCCUCGAUGUUGUUUGAAAUAUUGCGGUCGAGAAAAGACACCCGAUCAACAUUUGACCACCUAUGGUUUCCCCAAGGAUCCACAACUCCUGCAAAAAUGGUGUGACAAUUUGGGACUACAACCCGAAGAGUGUAUAGGACGUGUCUGCAUCGAUCAUUUUGAAUUACGGGUAAUUGGUACACGAAGACUUAAACCCGGUGCCGUGCCGACUUUGAAAUUGGGUCCAUCGCGUGUGGCUCAGCAUAACAACGAUGAAAUUAGUAAAAUCAAAAGUUUUCUUGGAGACCAGGAAACCAAAUCCAUCGGAGCAGGUGAUAGUGAACAAAUAUUAACACCACCACCUCCCUAUGGUACACCAAAACCGGGUAGGCAAUCGGUUUUUCGGCUAUGUUGCCUCAAACAUUGUCGACGCAAGAAACUAACCGCAGAGAUGGCGCCGGGGGAUGAACCACCAAAGCUAUAUAGAUUCCCCGUAAAACAUCCAGAACUUCUAAAGAAAUGGUGUGCCAAUUUAGAUAUACCAGAGGAUACUGAAAACCUGGCAAAAUUGAGGUUAUGUUCCAACCAUUUUGAACCAUACCUGAUGCGUAAGGAUGGUUUGCUAAAACCCAAGUCAAUACCCACAUUGGAUUUGAAUGAAACGCAAACUCCGCCAGUGUUCAAAGUUAAACAACGGAGAGACAAACAUAUAUUAAUUACAAAUAAACCUCAAUGUUCAUUGGAGCAUUGCCGGCGGAAAGAAGACCAGGACACCUUCAUCAUAAAUUUCCCACAGCACGACAAGAAUUUGCAGAGAAAAUGGUGUUUCAAUUUGAAAUUGGGCAGGAAAAAACUUAGAUAUCUUCAAAUUAAGCUGUGUAAUCGGCAUUUUGAACCGUGUGCCUUCUACAAAGAUAGACAUGUGCGAUCUGGAGCAGUACCCACCGUGGAUUUAGGCCAUGAAGGUAGAAUAAUAAGAAAUGCACCUAAGAUUCGACGUCAAAUACGAGGUUUGGGUCUCAAGGAGAUGUGUUGUGUCAACCAGUGCCAGCAGCGGGAGGAAGAAGUUAAACUUUUUCCAUUUCCCAAAAAUUUUGAACUAAGACAUACAUGGUGUAAUAAUCUGCAAAUUGACAUGAGUCAAGCCCUCAAUGGUCAUUACAAGGUGUGUGCGGAACAUUUUACGAAGGAGAGUUUUGCUGAUGACAGCUGCAAGGAUUUGACAAUUGAUGCUGUACCAACAUUAAAAUUGGCGGAAGCAACAGCUGUGAAAGAGGAAAUAAAAGAAGAUGAGGUAAAUGUUGAAGCGAACCAGCCAACAGGCACGCCGUGUGAAAAAUCAAAAGAAAAUGUAAACCCCACAAUCCCAUGUUGUUACUUGCCGCAUUGCAAACGGCAAGAGGACCCCGAAAAUGGCACCUUUCUUGUUGAUUUUCCACAAAAUACCCCCAAUACCCUCAAAAAAUGGUGUUUGAAUCUUAAAUUGUCACAAAAACUUAAAGACUUUGGCGAGUUUAAGAUAUGCAAUCAUCAUUUCGAGGAGCGGGCAUUCAAAGAGGAUAUGCAAAUAAAACGUGGCAUAUUGCCCACCAUUGAUCUGGGCCAUAACGAUCGUAUUAUUAAAAAUAUUUCCCGUCGCGAACACAAAUGCUGUGUUAGUAACUGUAAAAACGUGGAAAAGUAUAAACGCUACUCCUUUCCCAAAGAUAAAGAGUUGAGGCAAAUAUGGUUUAGAAAAUUGAGAAUAAAGAGGAACGAAAUUGUUCAGAGGCCAUUAAAAGUGUGCAGACAGCAUUUUCGGGAUUCGUGUUUUGUGGAAGGAACUGACCAACUAAAAGAGGAUGCUGUGCCGUAUUUGAAGAGGAAUGUCAAAAGAAAAAGUGCAAAUAAAGAAGAAGGAGAGGGGGAGCAGGUUGUUAAGCUAUCGGGAACAAAUGACAAGAAAGAAGAGGAAGAAAUUUGUGCUGAUAAAACACAAACUAGUGAUGAAAGAAAAUCACCUCCUAGUGGCAGUGGUGAUAGUAAACCCCAUUGUUGCCUGGCUCAUUGUGGUGUCCAAGAAGAUCCCAUUACAAACACAUUUCUAAUAGGCUUCCCUCAACGUGGCAGUAAUAUGCGUAGAAAAUGGUGUAUAAAUCUGAGAUUUGGUCGCUCAGCUGCCAAACAUGAUGACAACUUAAAAAUAUGCAAUCAUCAUUUCGAAUCGUAUGCCUUUUAUAAACAAAAAUAUCUAAAGGCCGGUGCCGUUCCCACCUUGAAUUUGGGCCACAACGAGCGUAUAAUCAAAAACGAUGCCAAAUUAAGACGGAAAAUUCGCCUAGAACCCAAAGAUGUUUGCUGUAUAAGUUCCUGCGAGAAUCGUGACUCGCCUAAACAACUUUUUCCUUUUCCCAAAAAUUCCGAACUACGUCGCAUUUGGAGUAAUAAUUUACAAAUACCCUUGAGGCAGGCCUUGAGCAAUCACUAUAAGCUGUGUGAGAAGCAUUUCACAGUGGAUAGUUUUGAAUUGGGCACAAACAUAUUGAAGAUUAAUGCAGUGCCCUCGGUGAAUUUGGGCAUAAAGGAGGAGGAUACACAAAAAGUUCUAAUAAAAAUUGAAAACGAAGAUGACAGUGGUAAAUGUGUGGUCGAAAGUUGUCAAAAAUCCAGCAGUGUAGAUAAGGUGAAAUUGUUUCAACUACCCAAAUCCAAGGAGUUGUUGAAAAAAUGGUUACACAAUUUAAAUUUACCCCACGAUAUUGAUUUGGAGACGACACGCAUUUGCCAAAGGCAUUUUGAAAAGGCGUGUCUGCGACAGGGUAAUUUACAUGAAAAUGCCAUACCCACCCAAUGUCUAAAAGCCAAGUCAUGGUUUUAUCAGAACGAUGAUGAGCUGUUCGAAGAGAUAUGUCAUGAGUGUUGUGUUUCAAAUUGCAAUUAUAGGGAAAAUAACAGUGGUGAGGAUACCACAAUCGAGCAGCAGCGAGGGGAAGUCGAAGAUGGAGAUGAUAGGAAAAUGUUUAAAUUUCCCAAACAAAAGGAAGACAUUGACAAAUGGCUUUUUAAUCUAAAACUAAAUUGUGAGGAUAAAGAACUAAAAAAUCUAAGAGUAUGUAGUAAUCAUUUCGAAACUCGUUGUAUAGAUAAACAACAAAAUCUGUUAAUGGGUUCAGUGCCCACCCUGAAUUUGGGACAUAGCGAUAUUGAAAAUAUCCACAAUAAUGAUAUACAGAAAUGUUGUAUAAUUAAUUGUAGUUAUUGGUUAAAUUAUCAAUGUUUUAAAUUAGCCGAAGGAGGUGGCGUUGCAGAGGAGGAGGAGGAGCAGUUUAAGGCUAAAUGUUUACAAGUAUUGAAAUCGAACAUAGAAAAUAAUGAUGUAGAAUAUAUGUGUUGUGUACAUUUCAUAAGCUAUUAUGGUGAUUUGAAUUGUGAGGACAUACCGAGGCUUAGGCAACUCUAUGAAAAUCUAAAAAACCUAACCGAGCUACAAUGUUUCAGGUGUUCUGUGCCGCAAUGCAAGACUGGUUUCAAUUUAAAUAUACAACUAUUUAAAUUUCCCAAAGAUGAGUCAUUGCUGCAAAAAUGGCUACACAAUAGCUCGGUGGAAUUCCCUGCUGCGGAACGUUCCAAAUAUCGCAUUUGUGCAUUGCAUUUUGAGAAUCGUUGUUUCAGUGAGAAAAAGCUGCAUCGCUGGUCUUUGCCCACCCUGGCAUUGCCUUACAAUUUAAGUUUAUAUGUUAAUCCGCCGGAGGCAUUGCCCUCGCAUCAUGAAAACCUGAAACAUUGUUGUGUGGCAUCGUGUAACACUGAUGUUGGACCUUUCUUUAAAUUUCCCACCAAGACUUUGGAGAUAAGAAAGUGGAUACAUAAUCUGAAUUUAGGGCCCCAGCAAUGUACUUUGAAUCUGAGGGUUUGCUACCAACAUUUCGAGAGCUAUUGUUUAACUCACAAUGAAGAGGGGGAAAUUGUUAAACUCAAGUGCUGGGCUGUGCCCACCUUGAAUCUAAGUCACAAUAAUAGCCCCGAUUUGUACAAUAAUCCCCAACACAAAGUGGACAUGUUUGUGUGUUGCAUAUGCCAGGAGCUGCAAAAUAAAGCCGAGAGUUUACACCUAUUUAGGUUUCCUUCACGUUUGUCGGUGUUUCUAAAAUGGUUACAUAAUCUCAAAAUCCCACGCAACCAAUAUCGCCCAAGUAUGCGUAUUUGCAUUAGGCAUUUUGAAAAUGAAUGUUUCCAUGCAAAGUUGAAAAUAUUGCGCAAAGAUUCUGUGCCCACGUUGGGUGUCAAAUGUCCCAAGCAGGAAUUGUUUAGAAAUCCAAAAAGAAACUUUAGACGAAAAUGCUGUGUUGCCGUCUGCGAGGGACCCUGGUCACAUUUGUAUACAUUUCCCAAAGAGAAAAUUCUACUCAAGAAAUGGUACUUUAAUUUGAAAAUAAAACAAAACGACGUAGAUGAACGGAAAAUGUUGAAAAUAUGUGAAAAGCAUUUUGAAAAUAAAUGCCUGAAUGCAUUUGGGGCGCUAAGGUCCACAGCUGUGCCCACUUUAAAUUUGGGUCACAGUACUCGUAUUUUUAAGAAUCCACGGCAAAUGGAAAAGAGUAAAACGAAAAUGAUUGCAAAAAAUACGAAAAAGGGAAGGGAUUUCAGGAAAAAGAUUCAGGAGGAGCAGAAAGCUAUAGAAGGCGUGGUUAAAAAGGUACAACAAUUAAGACAACCAAAGAAAAAUGAAGAUAUAUCCGCAAAAGAAUUAAGAAACAAGAAAAAAGAGGAAAAUCUAGAGGAGACAGAAAUCCUCAAUAAAUCCACAAAAGUAAAGACUAAAUUAAACCAAGAAAACCUGUUGGAUGAUGACGAUAAACCCCUGGUGAACUUUAUCAAAGAAAAAAGGCAACAGGAAAAGUCUGGUACUCCUACAAUUUUGGAAAAUACCAAAAAGAGAAAGAUUGCCAAAAAGUUUUUGCCCGUAAAACCAGAACCGGAGAAUAAACCUUUGUUUGAAAUUAUAACAUCAGACAUGGAAUUGGAAAGAAGUACCCCAAGCACGUCGUUUGCAUUGACAUCUCUACCCAAAUUACAUGCCAUCAAGCAGGAAGCAUUUUUGGGUUUUGAAAUUAGAGAAGUUGAUAAAAGGGCAGCAAGGAAAGGUGCUACAGCCCUUAGAUGUGAAUGCAGCUAUCCUGAAUGUAAACAAACAAAGGCCCAGAUAUAUAGGUGGCCGGAAAUUGAAAAUCUCAAAAAGUUAUGUUUCAAAAGUAUGUGCACUAAAAUACAACCCAAUGAAGAGCUGCAGUUUUGCGAUGAACAUUUUUAUAGGUUGUACAAGCAAUUCGAGGAAUAUAUCAAUGAACUCUCCAGCAAUCCAGGAGAUCACCAGCAAGAACUGCAGGCUUUGAUUAAAACCUACAAGGAACUAUCCUCGAGAUGUAAAUUCCUUGGCAAACGUUGCAUGGUACCACAAUGUACCACAGAUCUUUAUACAGCAUCCCAGACAAACAACGACAUUAAAUUGCAUCAUUUUCCUUCUCAAGUCCAGACCAUAGCUCGAAGAUGGUGUCAUAACUUUGGCAUGGACUAUGAUCAAUUGGACAAAGUCAAAAUGCAUUAUUAUAAGGUGUGUAGUCGUCAUUUUGAGGACUAUUGUUAUAAUGCCCGUUCCAUAUAUUCAUGGGCAAUGCCAACUCUUAAUCUGCCUCAGGGCACAGAUAUUUAUGAAAAUACUCCUGAAGAUAAAUGUGCCUCCGCAAAGAAAAGUGUGGUCAGUGCUAGACACGAAUGUAGUUAUCCCGAAUGUAAACAACCUAAGGCGGGGCUAUACAAGUGUCCAGAAAUUGCAAAUCUCAAGAAAUUAUGGCUGGAUAGUAUGCCUAAUCAAAAUAAACCCACAGCAAUAGAAGAAGUUUAUUUUUGUGAUGAACAUUUUUACAAGUUCUACAAGCAAUUUGAAGAUCACAUCAAUGAGAUGAUUGGCAAUCCCGGGGAACAUCAAAAGGAACUGCAGGCUUUACUUAAAACCUAUAAAGAAAUAUCGGCUAGAUGUAAAUUUGUCUUCAAACGUUGUAUGGUACCGCAAUGUACAACUGAUCUUUGUACAGUACCGCAAACGAGCAACGAUAUACGAUUGCAUCAUUUCCCCUUUAGCUCUCAAGGCCUAGCUCGGAAAUGGUGCCACAAUUUUGCCAUGGACUAUGAUCAAUUGGAAAAAUCGAAAUUGCACUACUAUAAAGUGUGCAGCCGUCACUUUGAAAGCUAUUGUUACAAUGCCCGUUCCAUAUAUUCGUGGGCAAUACCGACCCUUAAUCUGCCACGGGUGAAAGAUAUCUAUGAAAAUAGUCCAGAAGAUAAAUGUGCCUACCAGGGGCAAUGUUGUGUGGAAUCUUGUGUAAAUAGUAAAGGUCUGCAAACAAUAACCCGAACCCGACUCUUCAAGUUUCCCUCAGAUCCCGAAAAACUCAACAAAUGGCUAGAAAAUGUAAAAUGUGAAAAUUUCCAAGCGGAUGAAACUAAAAUAUGUGGCCUACAUUUUCGUUACAAAUUUAUUACCAAACAGAAGAAACUAACUGAUGAUGCCAUACCCACUCUCAAAUUGGGCUCGACUUUCUUCGACAAUGAUGAGGAGGACCUUUUGACCAGCACAAAUGUAUUCGUUAAAGAAGAACUUCCAGAUUAUGAUGAGCAACAAAUUGAAGACAAUGCCAAUGCUUUUGGUUGGAGUGAUCAUGAUUAUUGUUUUGAGACGUCAAAGGAAACAAAUAACAUUGCCAUUAAACAGGAACUCAUUGAGGAUCAAUAUGGUUUGGAACAAGAACAUCAACAACAUUCCCAAGAUCAAUCACAAUUAUUUGCAUCGCAAACAAUUAAAGAGGAAAUAAUUGAAAUAGAUGAAACCGAUCAUCAGAAUUACGAUAAUUAUUAUCAACCACCAGACCCAACGGAAAAUGAAACUGAAAACCAACCCGAGCCAAAGACAUCAUUCCCCUCCCUUGUAAUAUCCGAAGUUAAAUCCCACAUUUAUCUUUGCUGUGUGAACAAAUGUACAAAUACCUCUGAAACACGUGGCAUAAAACUUUACACUGAAUUUCCCAGCGAUUCGGAAAUUUUCAUAAAAUGGUGUUUCAAUCUUAAAAUCGAUCCUCGAAAUUACAAAGAAAACCAGUAUGCCAUUUGUAGCGAACAUUUUGAGGCAAUUUGUUUCAGUGAUGGUGACUUGAAGCUGCACAGCUGGGCGGUGCCCACAUUGAAUUUAAAUUUGCCCGACAACUCUUUUAUCCAUCACAAUGAUCCGCCCAGCGAACAGUGUCUGGUAUAUGGCUGUAUACAGCCGCUGAUGCCCUUGUAUAAAUUUCCCCUACGCUUGGAUUUAUGUCAGAAAUGGUUUGUUAAUUUAAAACUGGAUUUUAAUCAAUAUCGUGUGGACAACUAUAGAAUUUGUCGACGACAUUUUACUCCGGCAUGUUUUGAUGUGAAUUAUGUUCUUAAAUCAGAGGCAAUACCAACAUUGUGUCUGGGUCACAGCGAUCAGAUACAACAUCACAGCGAAUUUGGAGAGCAUGUGCAUCAGCCAAGCAUUGAAGAAGUGCGAGGUAAUAAUAAUAAUAACCCGCCAUUGCCUGAUUUUAUACCUGGUCUUUUGAUUGGCGUCGGUGCACCGGCUGCUGAGAAUAGUCGUGGCAGUAGUAGCCAGGGUUCACUGGUACGCCAUUUGAUAUCGCCCAAUGAUCUUGAGGAUCAUGAUAGUAGCUAUUAUGAAGAUUUCGAAGAAUGUUAUGGCCAAGACGAAUGAUGAUGAUGAAGGUAAUGAUGAUUAAGUCAAGGAAUUUUCAAUAGAAGGAAGUGAUCAGAAAAUUAAGGAGAUGGAAAUGACCAAGGACGAUGAUGGAAAUGGUGAUAUAUUGUAAGUGCCAAUCCGUGGACGGAAUAGAGCCUUGGAGGCCCUCUGAGUAAUUUCGCCAAAGCCAUUUGGGGACUAUUUAGGAAGUCCAGUUUUAGACCAUUAUUGUUUAGGGAGUUCAUGUUUGAUAGAUGAAAUAAAUAUUAACUUGUGUCUAGUGUUGUAGAACAUUAAACACAAGCGAAGUCGGUGCUCGAUUUCGUUUAUCUCCAGAAGUCAACAUUACUUCCAUCUCAACAAUAUAUCCUGGAAUGAUGGGUAGUCUAGAAUUGUCCCCUUGGAAAACGCAACAGCGGGUCCCAGUGUCUUCUUCCGCCGCCAUUUCCACUACAUCGGAUUGGCGCAUAGCCGCCAAAAGUCAAAAUCGCAUCCACCGCUCCUAUGUUACAUGGAACAUGCGGUGGACAAUAUCCUGUAAUGACUCCUACAGCAAUUCUGAUCUUGGCAUUUUUAUAGGAUAAUGAAAAGUUCUAUUCCGUUUUAUAACCGGUCAUAUAGAAUUUUCAAGGCAACAACUUGAAUGAGUACCUAACAUCGGACUCAUCGUAUCAUCUGUACCUCGUCGGUGUAUAACCGACAGAAGUUAACAUCCCUUCCACAGCGCGAAUAUGACAUGAAACAUACGGAGAACAGUGCCACAAAAUGGCUCCUACAGUAAUUUUGAUCUUGGAGAGGAUAAGGAAAAAUUCCUAUGCCGUUUUAUAUCCAGCCAAAUCGAAUUUUCGUGUUGGAAAGGCAACAGUUCUUGUUUUAUUUUUAUGAGUGCCUAACAUC